GAGGUGAAACUAAUUCACGUUACAAAAAUCGACGAAUCCACCAAUAAAACGCUUACUAAUGAAUCCGAUCAAGUCGUCGACCAAUGAGAAGUCAGUUAUGAAACCGAUCAACUUUUUCUCCCAAUGAGAGCCUCUCUAUAGAAUCCUAUCAACUAGAAAUCUUGUUGCUGCUGUACUGUAUUAUUCUGAUCAUAUGUGAACAUGACCGUAAAAUCUACCUCAAGUUAUUGACAAAAGUUUGAGUUGUGCAGGUGAAAACUGAAAUCACAACUUCUUUUCAAUCAGCUGCCAUGCCACUGAGAAGUAGUUUGUGCUCUAAAAGAGCUGUUAACCUAGUAGCCCUAUGUAAUAAUGAAUCAUCGCCUACCUUUAAAUUGUCAUCUCCUAUGCCCAGUUGCUCUACAAUAUCUCCUGUAUCAUCCUGGUGGGACAAUGUUUUUGAAGCUUCGGACAUCGUCCAACCCUGCCACCCAAGUAACUUUCCUUCUGAAAAGAACGUCAAUUCAGUCAAAAGAAAAUUAUGUUUCUCUCCAGUGAAGGUUGCAGAUAUCAUUCCAUGUGAGACUUCACCUAAUCCAUCAAAGCUUCCCUUAACAUCCAAAGAUAACAUUUUAGACAAGACUCCAGUUACUGCUUCGAAACUUUGUUUGACGCCCAAUGACAAUAUUCCAUGGGGGUCUUCUCCUGCUGCAUCCAAACUUCUCUCAGCAGUCAAUGACAGAAAGUGUCUACCAAACCGAUCAGAUGUCGCUGAAGUCCUUUCUCCUCGCUGUGAGGUUGUAUCUGGGAUCAGUUGUAUUCAGGAAUUAACAAACCAAUCUACAGGUUUAGAUUUUAAAAAAUCUGAUGACUUUAGAGCAACACCAAAUCUUUCUAACUGUGGUGAUACUACAUGUGACGUGAAACUUCUCUACCCUUCCCAAAGUAAAAUUUUGGCAGCAAAAUUUGCUUUAAAUGCAGGCAUAGAACAUAUUACAAUCAAGGGGACCCUCAAGAAAGCUCGUUCCCUCAAGCCAUCCUGCAAAGACUCCUGCAAGCGGUGUACGAUACCAAAAUUAAGCCACAGUGAGAGACUUGAAAUAUACAAUGAGUUUUGGGCUUUGAAAGACCAUGUGAAACAGUGGAUAUUCAUAAAAAAUGUAGUAUCUUGUAAUGCGCCCAAAAAUAAAACUUCUGCUCCUGGGGCCAAGGGUGAGAAAUUGUCCAGCAGGACUUAUCAUUUUUUUGUUUGUGGAGCCCGUAAGAGGGUUUGUAAAACAAUGUUUAAGAGUACCCUGAGUAUAUGUGAUUCCUGGGUAGAUAGUGCCCUAUCACAUUUUUCAAGUGCUGGGAUGGCUUGUGAUAAGAGAGGAAAAAAAAGAGUGUAAACAAGUUAACUUUAAUGGCCAUUUGUGGGAGGUGUCACAAUGUUGAGGGAGAUGUGCUGUCCUGUUUUUAGUAGCCGCCAUUAUGAAUGAUAAAUCAUUAUUAGUCUUAUUAAGUAAUAUUAUUUUUGUGUUUAUUCUGAGUACUUUUUUAAAAUGCUGAAUAAAACAAUCAGUCAAUGAAUUUCUUUCCUUUCAGUCACAGCAUUUUGGCUUGAGCAUUUUACAUAACUACUUAAAAAUAGAGUAUCACAAAAAGUUUUCUUGAUGGUGAAGACAUAAUGCUCAUCUUACUUUCAAUACAUGUUAAAAAUGUUGGGCAUUGGUGUGAUAUAAUGACCAUGCUCAAAUGGCAAACUAACACAAACAGUAGAAAGUUCAUUUACAUCAAAAACAAUUAUAUCCUCAUCAAUUGAGUUAAGAACAUACUGACAGCAUAAACUACAAUCAUAUCUUACAACUUUCAAGGGGCAGUAAGGAGAAGGUU